GGCCAAAUCCUCCUCCAGAAACCUGUGAAGCCACUGUUCAUGAAAGCUCAGCAUGUAGUCUCAAGGACUUACCCGCUAUGGAUGAGCGCAUGGAGUUCAUCGCUACUUCUAAUGCUUUCUUCGUCGGAGCCAACCCUAUAGACUAUAGUGGAGUCCAGCAGGCUAUUCGGAAGUUGGAAAAGGCGUCACAAAAAAUUCUGCUUGCUCGCUCGACCUUGCAGAUGGCCUCGCUCAAACCCCAAUCCAUGCGCUGCAGCUGCAUUCUUCGUGUCAACUCUCCAGAUCCAGCAACACUCGUUCCCGGAGGGUCAAAGGGUUCUACGACUGUAGGUACUUCAGCUAGUCUAUUCACAGCAAGCAAAAUAUUAUUUUUACCUGUCAGCUGGUUGACCGCCCAGAUGAUGGAGCCGACAAAGUUGAACUCGGAAAUUGAUGGAGAAACCAGGUCUGUUGUAUGCGAAAGAAACGAUGCUACCGGUGACAGCGACACCGGUGGAGCCGGUAUAACCAAGAUCGAAAAGAAGCGACGCCAAGGAGCUUUAAAACUUCGCACAUACCAAAAACGAAAUAAGGAACGAGGACAGGCUGGUGAGAUUUCGGGCAGACGGUACUUGGAUAGAAUACAGCGCAACCGUCAUGUUAGCAACAGGGUUAACGUUGGGAGCCCACACAUCACAUCGGGAUUCGGGACGACAUUGCUACAUAAACGCGAGAGUUUUGCUACUACGUGCUCUGAGUAUUCUCGAUACACAGCAGGCCGUUGCUAGUUCUUGUUCAGAGGAGAGCUUGAAUAAAGGAGUGAAGGGUACGAAAAUGUGAAUCUAUUGCGAGCACUACAGCUUGUUCUGCGCUUCCUUUCUGCUACACGUCUGGCUUUCUCAGCAACCUGCAGCUCCUGAGCAGAUAGUUUCGCCAAAACACGCCGGAUUCUCUUCUGUGGGGGUGCAGGUUUGUUGAGGCUGUUGAAAACUAGAUUUUCACUGUUUCUGGUACGUUUUUGCUGCAUCAUUUUGACAUGUACAAAUGGAGAGGAUGCAAUGCGUUCAUUCUUGGAAGCACGACGCGC